CGGCAAGUCUCGUGACUUGGCUUGUAAUGGUGGAAGGUGGUGGGGACGGCACCAAAGCUAUUACCGUGUAUGCAGUGAGUUCGGCCCUUUGCAGACCCUCUCAGUCCCCCCUCUCGGCUGUUUUGUCGCCCUAAUCGGUCCCAGAAACUCCCAGGAAGAUGUCGGCACCACGAAAGCUCAGCAACCCGCACGAAAUUCCGACGCGCAGGAUCCUGAUCAGCGACCCGAGCGACCUGCCUCUCGACUACGGCACCACUCCGGGAGGCACCAUUUUCUCCACCACACCGGGAGGUACUCGCAUCAUCUAUGACCGCGCCUUCCUGAUGCAGAUGCGAAAUUCUCCCCAUGCCAAAACUCCGCCCCGCAACCUUCCCAAGAUUCCUGGUGUAACAAGCCCUGCCGACGCCGAACAGACUGCGAAGCGAAACCAAGUUAAUGGAGAAAACAACCAUGACAAGCCUCACGAUGCGGAUGAACCCCAGUUUGAGAUGGACAUCUAGUUUCCCAGAAUGCCCUGCAAUGUGAGAAAGUGAAAGCGGCAUCACCUUGUGGGGAAAGCGAAAGUGACACACCACCUUCAUUCUUCAGGGAUUGAGAAUUGAAGAUGACCUAUGACCUUAGCUGGCAGUAAACCCUGCAUCGCUGUAACCAGGUGCAAUAAGGGACCGGCCAGGAAUGAUUGGGAGGGGAGGGAUGGUAUUAAUAUGGGACUGACCAAUAAUGGUUGUUAGGGUUAGUAUGAAUAAGGGAUCUGCCAGGAAUGGUGAAGAGGGGAGAUCUUGUGGUGGAUUCUCUGUGCAAAUGACAUCUCAACUCACCGGUGCAAAUUUUGUUCAAUUUUCUUCAUAGUCUCUGAGUUUUUCCCUCUUUGAUCUUUCCUGGCCUGCCCCUCACCAGUAAAAACGAACUUUGUUAGUAUCUCCUUCCAACGCUGCCAUCCAUCCAGUCAGUCGUCAGUGGAUGGUAGGAUAUGGUUCAGUGUUGCGACUGUUACUUGGAAGAGACCUUAGUUUUCCCUUCUUUAUUUGAAACGAAUUUGCAGGCUAGAAUUAAGACAAUGACUUUGUACAACUUAUGGUGAUGUAAUCAAUAAAAGGUCCAGUUUUUCUGAACACUAACUGAAAAAGAGCCAUCCUGCUGAUCAUAUUGAAGAGGGUAUACCCAUGGUUUUCAUUGACACUUGAAAAUGUCAUGCUAUCUAAAAACAUACAUGCAUUUUAGCAUACUUUUCCCCUUAACCUGUGUUCUAGAAAUCUAGAUAAAUCUGUUUCUGGAGGCAAAGUAGAAAUUCUCUAGGAGACCAAAACUUACAAAGAAUCACAGGAUAACCUUCCAUACAUUUCCUGGGGAUCUCAUUACUGGCCUCCAGGAAAACUUUCCAAACAUGGAAUUUUCCUGGGAAUCUCAUCACUAGCAUCCAAGAAAACUUUCCAAACAUGGAAUUUUCCUGGAGAUCUUAUUAAUGUCCUCCAGGAAAAUAUUUCCCAAAGAAGAAAAGGCUUUUUUAUUACUGUGGAUGGUUUUAAAAAUCGUGUUAGAGCUCUUGUUUGUGGAGAGAGAAUGUCUUUCCACUGGUCAAAGAAAGUUUGUUUGGCAUGCUUAGCUUGCUCAAGUUAAUUUGACAAAUACAUGUCUUCAUUCAACUUGAGUAAUAUUUGGACUGUAAGAACCCCAAUCUUACGUUUUUGAAGAACUCCUGCUUGCAAUGUAUGAAGUUUGACAGUACAAACAAGCAGCUUGAAGUCGUAUUAUGUUUAUUUAUGACUCCUGAUUUCUGGAGAGGCGUGAAAUGUUUUGAAGAUUCAAUCAUGAUGCCCACGGGACAUGCACCUUUGCAACUUGCUGGGCGAUUCCUACUGCACAUGGCACAUGGAUGUCCCAUGGCUGAUUCCUACUGCACAUGGCACAUGGAUCUCCCAUGGGCGAUUCCUACUGCACAUGGCACAUGGAUCUCCCAUGGCUGAUUCCUACUGCACAUGGCACAUGGAUCUCCCAUGGGCGAUUCCUACUGCACAUGGCACAUGGAUCUCCCAUGGGUGAUUCCUACUGCACAUGGCACAUGGAUCUCCCAUGGCUGAUUCCUACUGAAUAACGUUCCUCCAUGGGUGAUUCCAACCACCAUUCCUACAACAUUGUUUAAGUUAACCUUUAGCAAGCCAAAGUAGUCAUUUUGCAGCAGAUUGUCUAUUGGUUAUGGAGUAAGGCAGCACAAGAAGGUUAAGCUUGUACACUGUUGUCCUUACGGUCCAUUUGUAAAAUGCUUGAUACAAACUAAGCCAUGGAUUGGCCUCUCUUCACUUGUAUGCUGGGUGCGAGGAAAGAAGAUGUGUUCAUACCUGGUGGAGCCAGAUUAAAACCAGACGAUUGUUUAGGUGUGAUCAUGUGACCAGUUGCGCACAGGUGUGAUCAUGUGACCAGGUGUGUACCUCCUGUCACCUGUUUCCACCUGUCCAGAGCAGGAUGUUGGAACAUGAUGAUGAAGGUGAAUAAACUUGUUGGCCAUAC